AGUCGACGCCGGGCGUCUCGAGUGUACGGUUGUAAUUUUCCUAAUACAUUUAACGAAUUUCAGUUAAACUAUAUUUUUAAAUAAAUAAAAAAAAUUAUUUUAUUUAUUAACAACAAGUUUUUUUAUCUAAAAUAUAUCAAAAUAGAUUUGCCUUAUAUUUUUUAGCUAUUCAAACAUGAUAAAGCUCAUAAAAUUUCAAAACAAGUGAUUGAUUAAAAUUGACAAGUGAAUUUUUCGAUUUUUUUUUUCGACUUUUUUUCGACUUUAUUUCUAUUAUUAUUUUUUUCGGUUACAAUGAGAUCAUGGACUAAGAGUGAUAGUAUGAAAUUAAAAUCAGAUAAAAAAUUCAACAAUAUAAUUGAAAAAAAAUUAAGUGUAAUAUCACGUGAUAAAUUGUGCAAGCCUUUUACUGGACUUACGAUGAUCAGGAAAAUUAUUAUACUAUGUUUAAUAAUUCUACAGUCACUGAAAAUAACCUCUGGAGCUUUUACAACAGUGAGCACAGUAGCAGAACCAGAAUUUGUUGAAGAGAUUGGUAAUACGACAGUGCCAGCAGGUAGAAAUAUAAAGUUGGCAUGUAGCGUCAAGGACCUGGGUACUUACAAGGUUGCCUGGAUGUUAUUUGACAAAAGUGCUAUACUAACUGUUCACAAUCAUGUGAUAACAAGAAAUCCAAGGAUAUCAGUGACACAUGACAAACACAGAACAUGGUAUUUACAUAUUAAUAAUGUUCAUGAAGAUGACAAAGGAAAAUACAUGUGUCAAAUAAAUACUGCAACAGCAAAAACACAAUAUGGAUAUCUUGAUGUUGUUGUACCACCAAAUAUUGACGACUCACAAAGUUCAUCCGAUGCAAUUGUGAGGGAAAAUGCAAAUGUCACACUGACGUGUAAAGCAACAGGAAGUCCCACUCCUAGUAUACGUUGGAAGAGAGAUGAUAAUGAGAAAAUUACCAUCAACAAGAGUCUUGAAGUAAUCGAGUGGGAAGGUGAAACUCUUGAAAUGACGAGAAUUUCAAGGCUUGGUAUGGGAGCUUAUUUGUGUAUUGCAAGCAAUGGCGUACCGCCUGCAGUCAGUAAGCAGAUUAAAGUAUCAGUUGAUUUUUCACCGAUGCUAUGGAUUCCUCAUCAAUUAGUUGGUGCACCGUUGGGUUUUUCAGUGACUCUUGAAUGUUAUACAGAAGCUCAUCCAACAUCUCUAAAUUAUUGGACUCGUGAUGAUGGAAGAAUGAUUCAUGAGAGUAGAAAAUACAAUAUUACAUCUGUACCAGAAAAACCAGUUUACAAGACUCAUAUGACACUAACAAUAUUCGAAUUAGAGCCUCAAGAUUAUGGCAGCUACAAAUGUGUAGCUAAAAAUCCACGUGGAGAAACUGAUGGAAUAAUACGUCUUUACAAGUCGGCACCACCAAGCACAAGUCCAAGUCCACUCACUACAGAACUAUCGAAAAAAAGCUGGGACGUGCUAGCAGAGAUGAACAAUUCUAUCGAUGGAAAUCCAAGUUCACUGACUUUUCAAAAUGGCAAAGCUUCAAAAGGAGGUAAAAGUCAAUCAAAUCUCAAUGAAAUUGAUAAAUCAGAACAAAAAUCUGGUGAACGAGAUGGAAAAGAACCCUUAGAAACUUGGUCUUCUUCUGCUGAAGACACAUCAGUAAGAGUAGAAACAACAAUGACAAUUCUUAUGCUGACACUAAUUGCAACGUGGAUAAUUCGAUAAAUUAAAUGUGUGUUUGUAUACGAUGGUGCCUGAAUGAAACGAGGAAUACAUGAAGAAAAAAGAAAACAAAAAAGUAUAAGUAAAAUAAAUAAUACUCCAAGACUGAACUGGUGUAAAAUAGUUAGCUCCGUUUUUAAGUAUGAAAAAUAAAAAAAAAAAAAAAUUUUUUUAAAUAAGAAUUUUAAAAAAAUGAGUGGUAAAAAGAUAAAAAAAAAAUAAAAAUAAAUAAGAAAAUUGUCGUGUAAUGCAACGACGCGUGCCAAGAGUCUCGGAGGCCAAUAGCCCGUUAAAUAACAGACAUGAAUAAGAGAUAAUAUUAGUGAGAAAAAAAAAAAUAUAUAUAAAUAUUAUAAAUAUAUAAUUAUAAUAAAUAAUAAUAAUA